GUGAUUUGUAGCCCUGCUUCUGUUCUUUUUCCUCAGUCCAUGCAUUGUAAUCACUGGCAGUUAGUUUUUUAGUUCUCCGUCAGUACUAAUAAAUUUUAUACGAAAGGCUAAUACAGAAAUUGAUCCAUAUCUCUGCUACAGAAAGGCUAUCCACAGUAAUCACCUAUUCAUAAACAAAGACUAGAUGCCUGUUAAUUACUGUUUGCUUUUCAUGUGAAGCGGUCAUUUUGGUUGUCACAAUAACCACAUUUUUAGAGCAGUGCACUCGGUCUGAGAGAGAGAGUUCUGUAUUAACUGCUUCGUUUUCCGCCUCAGUACCCUAACCGCCCUGCUAGGACCACAGCAUUCGUCUCCUCCUGCCUGGCCAGAGACGGGGUCAAAGAGAGAGGGAACUUUUAUCACCGGAAAAACGUGCGUAUUCGCGUCUGUCUGUGCGGUGACACCCCGUGGGUAUGCAGGGUACUGUUCGUCUUAAAAUCGCCAGCGAUUGUUUAGGAGUAUGUAUGGAGAAUUCAAAGUACGCCAUGCGUCAAUAUAUUUCCUCAGUAUAAUGUUCUUGUUUUUAGUCACGCAGGACUAAAAUGUUUUAACACUGAGCCUACUUAAGAUUACUUAUGGUGACGAAUCAGAUACGAGUUGUGUGUAAGGAGAGCGUGACGGGUCAAACGUGAUCGCCGCUACGGAUAAAAAUAUAACGGGCCUGCAGAAAUAUCGCUCGACUCGAAAAUCUCGCGAUGCGAAGUGGCACUAGCAUGCUCUUGCGGGCGGUGGCAACGUGAUACCGCUUAUGUGCGGCCGCGGACUGCACGUCUUUGGGUUUCUGGUUUUACUCCUAGGCCUGACGAUACUGGCUGUCAUGUCAUCCGGCGCAAAACUGGCAUCCGUAGAUUUCGAAGUAUUCGGAAAUGUUCAGGGUGUCUGCUUCAGAAUGUACACGGAGGAUCAGGGGAAGAUGCUGGGGGUUAAUGGCUGGGUGAAGAACACCAGACAGGGCACCGUGAUUGGCCAAGUGCAGGGGCCUCGGGAUAAGGUCGAGGAGAUGAAGCACUGGCUGAGAUAUGUAGGCAGUCCCAGCUCCCGAAUUGACAGGGCUGAGUUCACUAACCAGAGAGACAUUUCCAAACUGGAAAUCCGUGGAUUCGGUACUCGUUACUGAGCUCCACCUCUUCAGUAGUUUGUUACUGUUCAGCCAAUUGCUAUGAAGUAAUCAUUCAUGCCCUCCUGACUCGCCCUUGUUACCAAUCCUUUUUGCACCUUUUGAAUGUUGCAAGAUUGUACAAUGCAGUAACUCAAAUGUAAGCACAAGCCUUAAUUAUGUAUAUUUAUAUUUAUAUAUAUAUAUAUAUAUAUAUAUAUGUAUAUGUAUGUAUGUGUGUGUGUGUGUGUGUGUGUUUGCAUAAGUCCAUAGUCCAAUAAUUACAGCAUAGGUAAAUAACAAAAAAUAAGUUUAUUGGGGUUUUUUUUCCUCAAUGGGUAGAUUCUGUGACUCUAAAUGUAGGUUUUCUUCUCUAAACUAAACCAGUGAGAAACACCCUCCCAGUAUUUUGUUUGUAUUUUAACAAGCACUCAGUUGCCACCCUGGAAUAAAGCACUAUAUAGAAUCUCA